AUGUCUGCUUACUGUGGCAAGUAUGCUGGUAUGAUGCUUCGCCUCGAUCCUAACCAUUUUCCUUCUCUUCCCCCGGUCUGGUGUGCGGAUCAACUCGAUGGCUCCUUGUUGGUGACUUUUCUUCUCCAUCGUAGAUUUCUUCUUCUUCAUGUAGGCCGGAUCUGGCUAUCUUCCACUUGUGUUCGUAUUUCAGGCACUUGUUUCGUGGUUCUCUCGUACUUCUGAAGCCAUUGGUGAUUGUUGUCAUUUUCUACCGAUUCCCUAACGUCAAAUGUGCAUAUCAUGAAACCUCGCUUCGAUUUUGCUGCCUUUCAUUUCUUGGGAACUUUUUUAGGGAUUUACAGGUGCAUCGAUCUUGCAAUCUGAUAGCAAGCGCUUUCCUUUCUUUCAUCUGUUUUUUUUGUAUUUUUAUGUCUCUUAACUUAUUUUUCUCUGUUUUUUCUGCGCUGUCGUUUUCCUUUGCUUUUAAAGGCGACUCCUUUGUCUUUUUUUUCUUGUUUUCAAGACUUUUCUUCUGGUUCUUCUUUACCUUUUGAAACCUUUACUUUCUCAGGUGCUUUCAUCAUUAUAUAAUUUUUCUGUUCGACUCUGUGGUUGUUUUCUUCCCCAUUGUCUCUACUCGUUUGACCGGUCGGUCUACCUGUGCUUCCUUUUAACCUGCUUCCUGUUCGUGACGCUUUUUUUCAAGUAAUUCUCUUCGUGCUGAAUAUUUUUGCUAUGGUUAUUAUUUCCUAGACUGUAAUAUUGAAUUUCCAUUUUUUCAAAUAGGCUGAUUGUUCUCUUAAAUUUUUUUCGCAUGAAGUAUUUUCCUUCAUAAUGGGGAACCUUGUUUUUCUGGAGAAUGUAGGGCAACGAUCCCUAGCAUGAUGGGGAACCUUGUAUUUUCAUUGGUGAUUGCUUUCUUGUCUUUUUUGUUUUUGUCUAACAUAGUGAUCCAUUUUGCUUUCCUUGGUGAAUUGAUUUCUUAUGCCUGUUCUCUAUGUAAAUGGAUACCAAUGUUUUUAGCCCUGAUUCUUGUCCAUUUUGUAUUUGCUCGUUCACUAGCCCAUGUUGUCUGCUCGCUUUCUACAUUGAGGAAAUGAUUUGCCUUUUCGGGUGUCUAUUCCUCAAUUUUAUGUGGUUGAGAUUUAUUGUUUCCUAUAUGUCGUUCAAGGUGGAAUCUUUGAGAGCUUCGGAAAUGUGGAUUAUUAUCUUGGUUGUACCUGUUUGUGAUUUCCAUCUGGUUUAAUCUUUCUUAACUUGACGAUGUUCUCUUCCCUUUUUCUGUUGCCAUUUGGCGCUGUGAUGUUUAUCAGAAUAUGGCUUUAACACUUUGCUUUCUUUUUUUUUGUGGCACCUUUUGUGGAUAAUUAGGUCACCUUGUGUUUUUUGGUUUCUACACUUUAUUAAGGAUUGCUCCCGGAGGUGAUCUAUCUCUGAAAUAUAUUAGUGAUCUCAGAUGGUGUCUAGAAUACACGACGCAAACCAGCAAAUUACGUUUGAAUUUUUAUCUGCUUUUCCUUAAUUGGAAGAAAGUAAUAUCUAGUUUCCUGUUAUGUUGCAUGGAAGUUUAAGAAACAAGAAUCCUCCAAGCCUCUGGCAGGCCUAUUCCGUUUAUAAGAAGUGGUCUUAUGUGAUCUUCUAUGCUGCCAUUUGCUGUCUUUUGCCCUUCUUUGUCUGGUUUAUGCCCCCUUGAUGUUGCCGGUUUGAUCUGUACAUGUGAAGUUUCCUCAUUUGGAACAUCUGAGCUUCAUUCAAUUUCCAGUUAUUCAUCAGUUUUAAUCCAUCUUUCUUCUUCUCAUGUGAAGAAACCAGGGUCUUUUAUUUAUCUUGUUCUAUUUUCUGCCUUACAAUUUUUAAUUUCAUCUCUGCAGAGGAGCUCGCCAAGAAUGCUGCCCACAUCGGAACCCCGGGGAAGGGUAUCCUUGCUGCCGAUGAAUCUACCGGCACAAUUGGUAAGCGCCUGUCCAGCAUAAAUGUCGAGAAUGUGGAGUCCAACCGCCGUGCUCUCCGUGAGCUCCUCUUCACCACCCCGGGGGCCCUCCAAUACCUCAGUGGUGUCAUCCUCUUUGAGGAAACCCUCUACCAGAAGACCGCAGCAGGGAAGCCAUUCGUGGAUGUUCUGACCGAAGCCAAUGUCCUCCCUGGCAUCAAGGUUGACAAGGGCACUGUUGAGCUGGCCGGCACCAAUGGGGAGACCACCACCCAGGGCCUCGACGACCUUGGCAAGCGCUGUGCCAAGUACUAUGAGGCCGGCGCCCGCUUUGCCAAAUGGCGGGCGGUACUCAAGAUCGGCCCCACCGAGCCAUCCCAGCUAUCUAUCCAGGAGAAUGCCAAUGGACUGGCCCGGUACGCCAUCAUCUGCCAGGAGAACGGCCUCGUGCCCAUUGUUGAGCCCGAGAUCCUUGUAGAUGGCACCCAUGACAUUGCCCGUUGUGCCGACGUGACCGAGCGGGUCCUUGCUGCCUGCUACAAGGCCCUCAACGACCAUCACGUCCUCUUGGAAGGGACCCUCCUGAAGCCCAACAUGGUGACUCCCGGUUCAGACUCAAAGAAGGUGACUCCAGAGGUCGUGGCCGAGUACACUGUCAGGGCCCUGCAGAGGACUGUCCCUGCUGCUGUCCCUGCUGUUGUCUUCCUCUCUGGCGGGCAGAGCGAAGAGGAGGCCACUCUGAAUCUCAACGCCAUGAACCAGCUCAAGGGUAAGAAGCCAUGGAGCCUCUCGUUCUCCUUCGGCAGGGCCCUGCAGCAGAGCACCCUGAAGACGUGGGGUGGGAAGGUGGAGAACAUCCAGAAGGCGCAGGCUGCCUUCCUGGCCAGGUGCAAGGCCAACUCUGAGGCCACUCUCGGAACCUACAAGGGAGAUGCUGCUGGGGGCGAGGGCGUCUCCGAGAGCCUCCACGUCAAGGACUACAAGUACUGA